GUGGGGUUGGGGUGUGCGAAGGUGCAUAAAUAGGCAGAAGGAGCCGUGGUGUUCACAGUGGGACUGGGAACACCUUCGCACCCCAGUGGGCAGAGCAAACAAGUUUCUCUCCUCUGUCCCAGGAGCAGCCAUGGAGAAGAGUUAUGUGUCCGUGUUCCUGCUGCUCGUUGCCAUCUCCUGUGUUCUGGCCAAGGAUGUGGGCAAGAAGGAUACGAAGGAAACUAACACUAAGCCCAAACUGCCUCAGACACUCUCCAGAGGCUGGGGAGACCAGCUCAUCUGGACACAGACGUAUGAGGAAGCCCUCUUCCGUUCCAAGCACAGCAAUAAACCACUGAUGAUUAUCCACCACCUGGAUGACUGCCCACACAGUCAAGCACUCAAAAAGGUCUUUGCUGAACAUAAAGAAAUACAGAAACUGGCUGAAAAAUUCAUUCUCCUGAACCUCGUGUAUGAAACCACAGACAAGAACCUGGCACCUGACGGCCAGUACGUCCCUCGGAUUUUGUUCAUCGAUCCUUCCCUGACUGUGAGAGCUGAUAUUACUGGAAGAUACUCAAACCGUCUCUAUGCAUAUGAGCCCUCUGAUAUUUCAUUGUUGUAUUCAAACAUGCAGAAAGCGCUGAAGCUGCUGAAGACUGAGCUGUAAGGGGAAGAAGGAAGCCCCUGAAGACCAGAAAGUCUGAUCUUCCAUCUCUUCUCCACUCAUUGACACUGGUGAAGAGACUAUUUAGAGUGAUGUUUAGUGAUGUAUAGUGCUGGUUUAUACACAAACACUAGUUUUAUGUUAGCACUUUUGUACUGGGCAGCAUUUUUAAAGGCUGGAGUCUUUUAAUUUAAGGCAUACAGAAUACUGUAUGAUUCAACUGUACAAAUGAUUUUUUUUAAUAAAUCCAUUUCAAGUGUUUACAUACAAA